UUACGUUUUUUGCGUACGCUGAGCAGUAAUCGGAAACGUCGAUUAGAGGAGGCCGACGGUUCGUCUGUCAGGCUGGAAAAGAACCCAAUCUGGGAGGUUAGCCAGGCCAAAAACAAGAGGAGUUAUUUCCUGUUUGUAACCGUACAGCUAAUUAUUUUUAUUUUACGGAAUUAAGGGCUUGACAGGACAAACCAAUAUGAAAGUAUAAAAGCUCUAAGACCCAGGCCACCUGAGUUAAGGGAGCAGAGGUCACUCCCCCUGUCUCCCCUGUCCCCCCUGUCCCCUGUCCCCCUGGACGGAUUAGACAUGACCACUGGGGAGUGUUGCCACCUGCCAGGCUCGCUGUGCGACUGCACCGGCAAUGCUGCCCUGUCCAAAACCGUGGAGGAGUCGGACAACCGCAGGGCACAGUACGUCACACAGGUCACGGCUAAAGACGGACGCCUGCUCUCCACCGUCAUCAAAGCCCUGGGCACACAGAGUGAUGGUCCGAUUUGCCGGAUCUGCCAUGAGGGGGGCAACAGUGAAGGGCUUCUUUCGCCGUGUGACUGCACAGGCACGCUGGGCACGGUGCACAAGAGCUGCCUGGAGAAGUGGCUGUCCUCCUCCAACACCAGCUACUGCGAGCUUUGUCACACAGAGUUCACCAUUGAGCGCAGACCGAGGCCCCUCACAGAGUGGCUUAGGGACCCCGGGCCGAGAAAUGAGAAGCGCACACUGUUCUGCGACAUGGUGUGCUUCCUGUUCAUUACACCCCUGGCAGCCAUAUCGGGCUGGCUGUGCCUGCGAGGGGCUCAGGACCACCUGCACUUCAACAGUCGCCUGGAGGCAGUGGGCCUCAUCGCUCUUACCAUCGCUCUUUUCACCAUCUAUGUCCUCUGGACUCUGGUGUCAUUCCGCUACCACUGUCAGUUGUACUCCGAGUGGAGACGAACCAAUCAGAAAGUGCGCCUGCUCAUUCCUGAUGCCAAGGGUGCCCACUCUACCCAGCAUUCCUUGCUCUCCACGAAGCUGCUGAAAAAGACGUCAGACGAGACCAUCGUAUGAGAUCCGCGGUGUUUUUGGGAGGGUGGGGGACACGACACAGUGUUGGUAUUAAACGUGCUAAAGGUUCUUGAUGCGUCAUGUCAUCAGUUAGAGCCACAGCACUUUUGAAUGCAUUCUUUUUCUAUUUAAUCCUUUUUAUCUAAGUAUGUGAGCACUUCUUUUAUUUUCUUCCCUCAACUAUAUCUCUUUUUUUGUUGUGUGUAUUAUUUUUUAAGUUUCUGUGAGUUGUUUGUGGUUUAGGAAUGAUUUUAUUUAUUUGCCUACACAGCGAUCAUUGAGGCCCCAUACCACACAGCGUACUUAAUGUUUAAAACAGUAGGGACUCUAUGAGCAGAGGUAGCUGGGUGAGGGGAGAAAUCCAGGUAAGCAGGAGUAGCUGCUGAAGCUUAAAAUUGAACACUUCACUAGAUUUUUUUUAGGUUCUUUCAAAAUUAUUUGCAUCUUGAUUAGACAGAAAAUUGGUCAUUGCCAAUUUUUGAGUACUUUAGCCCAUGUGAUAGUUGCUAUAUAUUAUAGAAGCUCAAACUUUUGAAGCUUCCCGUGUGUUAGCCCAUGUGGUGAUUUUAAAGUGUUACAGGAUGACAGGGCUUACUUGUGAGGCCUGCUAAUAGAACGUGCUAUAACAGAGUAAGCUGCAAGCACCUGAUCUCUUAUACUUGCUCUUAUAGAGGGGAGAACACUAAAAUAGGAGUGUGCAAUAAAUUCCUUUCCUUUUACCACCAAGUAUGAGGCACAGUGUAUGCCCUCUGGCGUGCUCAGUUUUUCCUGCAUGCAUAAUUAAAAAAAAAAAAAAAAAAAAAAUUCCAUCUUUUUUUUUUUUUUUUUUUUAAGUAUCAUGAUAUUAGUGACUGUUAAAGUUGCUAUCUCAGAUUUUGUCUGUGGAUCAGCAUAGGCUAUAUUCAGCACCUGUUAAGAGUGAGCGUCAUGCAGAACGUGACACAGUGGUCCUACAGUGGUAGCACUUAAACAACAUAAGUAGCCUAGAUGUGCGCUGAUCAAAUGUAGUUGUGUGUGUGCCUCCAGGAUUCAUGGGAAGCAUUAUGUUUAUCUUGAGGUCAUUAUUGUGACAGACGUUUCUUAAUUUUAAACGUUACAGCUACAUGUGGCUGUGUGAAAGGGCAGAAUGUGUUUGUGAGUACAUUUGUGUACACUUUUUUGUAUCCGUAUUUUUGUUUGUUUGUUUUUUUUGUAGCAGUUUUACAUUGUUAAAUAUGCAGUUAUUUGGGGAAAUUUGUCUGACAACAGGGGAACAACUGUGUAAUUAUCCAUUCACACCACUUGAGUACAGCCAAGAUUAUCGCCCUGCAUGUUAUAUGUUACAAGAAUGAUGUGCAAAAUGUCAUCACCUUAAAGGGAAACCUGUGUCGUGAUGAUAGGCCCUCCUCCUAAUGGCUUUAUGGACCCCUUGACCAAAGUAUGGCCUUUAUGCAGUUACCGAGGGACCAUCUGCUUCUGUUGCCUGGCUCUGUUCACUUUGGAAACAUUACAAACAUCUCUGUAAUGUCCAAGAAAAAACAAUAUCAUCUGGACAGGCUUUGUACAUUUGUAGAUACAUUUCAUGUCUGUGGAAGGCACUCAAAGCAACAGUUACCGUCAGUCCAGGUGUGUGUUAACAAUGGGUGUGUGUGUGUCACAGUGGUUGGCAGUCGGGCUGUGUUUGUGAUUCUGACCUUCCGUAGUGCCACAUUUGAAACCAAAAGGUGCUUGGAUCCGUAUAUGGAGUAAAAAAAGAAGGUUAAAGAUAAAGAUGAAUCAGAGUGCUGUUUGCAUGGGUCAUCUUGUCGUUCUUAAUGGGGUAAAAGUCACCGGAGAGAUUUCUUGUAAAUUGUUGUUACUUCUUUUCAAGUGUCACUCAGCACUCUAAAUGAUUUCUCCUUAGGACAAUGUUAAGUUUUGGAAAGCGUUGUGCAAUAGAUUAAUACUAAAAGCUUUCGGCAUUAAUUGUAAUUUUUUUAACGUGAUGUUUUUGAGAAGGAAAACAAUGUUGUGAAAAGAUCUCUCUGCAACAUUAUUAUCAUACCUGUUGUGUGUCACAGGUCUGAGUGGCUUUGGGCUGAGUUAAAUUUUUUGGUCAUGGAAGCCCAACCAAGAGAAGCCAAGAAAAUGGUCACAGAUCAGCAGCUAAGCACAAAUUCACUACUUAACUGCUGCUCUUAGUAAUACUGUCUCUCAUUGGUGUGCUUCCAUCUGACAUGUCUGCCUUUUUUUCUUUUCUGGUCAUUUCCUCUUUAUUUUGCAAUGUGAGGUAAUUAAAAGUGCAAUGUCAGCAAUAUUACACUGCACUUCUUGCCUAUAACCUUAUCAGUACAUGUAAGAUAGUUAUUCUAUAGACAUAGACAUAUGAAGGAUUACAGGACUACAUUCAGACAGGAAGAGGAGGACAGUGUUGGCUUGUUUUAUUUUUCCUUUGAAUAUCCAUGAGUUUCCUCCACUAUGCAACCUGCAGAGUUAAGCAGCCAAAAGACUAUUACUUUUUUCUGGUGUUAAUAUGGCUGACCCAAUUUAUUCCUUUCACUCUACAAAGAAAAAUGCAUGCAUUUUGUUUUAUGCUUUUUAGUCAUAUUGCACUUUUACAAAUUUAUGAUUGGAAAUGGGUUAGCUAGCCUUUUUCACUUGACACAUUUCAGAGAGCUUAAACUCCUUCACUGAUAUUUGGAGAACUGGUCCACUUUUUUUGCAUUAAAAAACCCCAUUAAGUGGUAAAGACCAAUCUCUUGUUUUCUCUAAGAUAAACCUAAGCAAAUUUAAACCUUGUUUAAACCUUGUAAAACAAUUUGUUUUAUUUGUCAUCAUUGUGUUUUAAUGUAUUCAGACUGUAUGUAUCAUUUGCAAUGUAUGUCUUCUUUUAUUCCUUGAGCACCAUAUUUUUAUCACUCUACACCGUUUUUGGGAUACUAUAUUUAUGUAGUGAAGUGGAUAAAGACUGGUGUGUCUGUAUCGUCCUCACUAAAAUUUGUUGGUGCUUGCAAUCAGCCAAGAAAAGUGUGCAAAGCAAAUUAAACAUGAUGCUCUGGA